CAUAUGAAAGCGACGUCAUCGUCUAAGCUGCUGGCAAAAUACUAGUGCGUGUACUAAUGUCAGUACUAUAUUGACAUAAACAGCUGCUGUUCGUGACCAAGCAUAUGUAAAGAAAUUCUGCGUGAAUAUACGCAAAGAAAGCUCUAGUGAUGGGGAAGUCACACUCGCACUUGUCGAAGGGGAAAGACGACCGUGGCAGUCAGAGUGGCCUGACGACUGGUCCAGAGUACAUAGAUACACAGAGUGAAGAGGAUGGAAAGAAUGGAGAUGUGUCUCAGUUCCCCUAUGUGGAAUUUACUGGCAGAGACAGUGUCACAUGCCCCACAUGCCAGGGCACUGGCAGAAUACCACGGGGACAAGAGAACCAGCUUGUGGCUCUGAUUCCAUACAGUGACCAGAGGCUCCAGCCAAGGAGAACAAAGCUUUAUGUCACUGUGUCCGUGUCUCUUUGCCUUCUGCUGUCUGGCCUGGCUGUGUUUUUCCUGUUCCCUCGUUCUAUCGACGUCUCCUAUGUGGGCGUGAAGUCUUCAUUCGUCUCCUAUGACCAGGACAAACGGAUUGUCUAUCUCAAUAUCACGACCACUCUGAACAUCACCAAUAACAACUACUACGCUGUAUCCCUGACCAACAUCACAGCCCAGGUGCAGUUCUCUAAGACGGUGAUUGGGAAGGCCCGUAUUAGCAAUGUGACGACCAUCAUACCACUGGAUAUGCAGCAGAUUGACUACACAGUUCCCACAGUCAUUGCCGAUGAGAUGAGUUAUAUGUUCGACUAUUGCACCCUGCAGUCCAUAAAGGUUCACAACAUUGUGGUCAUGAUGCAGGUGACUGUGACCACAUCCUACUUUGGGCACUCGGAGCAGGUCUCCCAGGAGAUGUACCAGUAUGUGGACUGUGGGGGCAACACCACCUCACUGCAUGGACAUGUGAAGAUGUAUCAGUAAGGCAGUGAAAACACAGCCAUAAUGGAAGCCCAUCGAUCUAAAGGCAGACAAAAGGGUUUUACGGAGUUCCUUUGGGCACACGUCUACUGUAGAAUAGGAGGAACCAUGGCUCAGAGAAAGUGAAGUUAGCAAGGUGCCAAUAUACAGUUUCAUGAGGGUUUGAUAAUGUUGCAGGUAGAAAACCUCUUGUGCAAAUUCUUCCUAAUAGAAUGAUCCAAUCCAAUGUGUACAGGCAUUUGAGAUAAAGAUGCACUUUAGCUUUGUAUGGGAAACGUAAUCAUAAGAAAGUAUUUAUACGGCAGAGUUGUUGAUGUAAUGUAAUCUGUACCACUAACCUUCCCAGACCACUAGGUAUGGGACAUGCAAUACAAAUAAAGUAAUAGGACAGCAUCCUCAUUUUGAUUAUCAGCACCCCAAACCACUUUUUGAUGGCAUUUUAUUCCAUUCUUUUUUUUAUAGCAGCCAUUUUGUUUUCUUCAAGGAUUGUUUUGUACAUAAUGGUACUUCCUGAUGUGUGUUGUUACUCUUACAUUUUCAUUGUAAUGAUAGUUAGAUUUACAUCUAAUUCUGAGGUGACAUAUCAUGUCGGGGUGAUGCCAGAGUAAUUAUGAUGACUACGGACCUUAAUUAGAUUGCAACAUUUAGGUAUUUUAAUGAGAGGAAUCUUGUAUUUUUAUAUCAUUAAAAUACAGUACCUAUAACUAUUAGAUGUGGUGUUUAUGAUGUGAAUUUCUCUUCAAUUGUAAACCUCUAUGAAUUGUUUAUUUUAAUGGGAAUGUUACAUGUUUUUUUUCUAACUUGGGUAGUAGAUGACUACCUAUUUCGAAAUAUGAUAUUACAUAAAUACCCUCAAUGGUGUUGUAAAAUUAGGUUUUUAUUUAUCUUUGAAAAUUAAACAUUUAACAUUUAACAUCCUUAAACAUUUGUUAUAGCUUUAAAGUAUUUUGUGCAUGUACAGAAGACUGAACUGAGGACAAUAAAAAUGGCCAAUAUAAAAUAUCAGAUGCUUACAUUGUUUAAAUGAUCUGAUAUACUCUAUGGAGGAAUUACUCUGUGGAGGAACAAUCACACUAUAUACUGUUGAAUAUGUCAAAGUGCCAUAUUAUGUCCCAAAUCAUCCAAGAAGAAAACUCAUCAGUUUAAAGUCAGUUCUGAAUCCUCACUGAGGUACGUUGACUGUGUACUACUGUGUAAUUGUGGAUACUGUAAGCCACUGCCAGUCAUACAGUACAUGUAACAAUGUUUUUCCUUGCAUGAAACUGGGAUUAAAAGUGGUUGAUUUUGA